AUGCCUUCCUUCCCUCAGGACCCUCUGCUAGUCAAGCUGCUCAACGCCGCUAGAGCAGCACCCCAAUCUCGAAUCAUCAUCUACGACCUGUACGGUUUACAGAAGACAUACCCGGAGCUGCUUGCCGAUAUCUUGUAUACGAGAAGCCAGCUUGAAUCGAUCCUCCCUGUGACAUUCUUCAACGAAAAGGGACUGCUCAACGACGAUCACCUCUAUCAGACAGCCUGUACCAAGACUGGCUACGAGUUUGCGGUCGCAUUUUUUGCGAUUCGGGCACUUGGCGGCACAUUCGUUCCUCUGGAUGCUGCCGCCUCGCUCGAGCGCAGAGCGGACACACUUACCAAGGUCAACUCUAACUGUAUCCUCGCUGAUCGUGGCAGCGUCGCAGACGUGGAGAAAAUCAUUCAUCAUGUUCAGAGUAGCAGCGGAAAGUCACUGCGUAUCGUGCCGAUUUCCUUCAAUCAGCCAGGAGUAUUUCUUGACAGCAUAUCCAUCAGCCAAGGAACGGAGUUGGACCCUGACGGACCAGGCUUUGUCGUUUUCACCUCUGGAACCACCGGAUACUCCAAAGGCGUAGUCCUUCGCCGAUACUGUUUUGCUGCCGGCCCUCUCGAGCAGGGCGAAAGUGCUGUCGUCAACUACAAUGCUAGUCACUGGCUUGGAGGCACUAAAAACAUCAUUGACGGUCUCUUGACCUGCAAAACAGUAUUCGCUCUUAAUACGCCCGCUUCCUCGGCCGACGUUUUUGACAAGUUCAAGAACCAUCAUAUUACACACUUUGUGUUCAACCCUGCACUGCUGCGUGGUAUACGGCAGUUGCUCCUUGAAGAAAACGGGGAUUUCACACCAGAGAAGAAGAAGGACUUUUCAAAAUACUUUGGCGGUAUUACCUAUUUCCUCAGCAUUGGCGGCUUGGUUGACCAGGACACAGUGGACUUUUGGACAGAGGUCCUUGGAUGCCCUUUCCAGAACAGGUAUGGCUCAACCGAGCUUGGGGGAUUGCCGACUCUAGGAAUAUCUAAUAUCAAGGGAUCCUUGGGCAAGAUUGCUCCCGGAGUCGAGGUGAAGCUCUCCGAGGGAACACAUGGCCGACUUUUUAUCAAGAGCCCUGACAGAUUUCUCUGCUACUUGGGCGACCAAGAAAAGACAAAGGCAGCCUUUGAUGAUGAGGGCUUCUACAAGACGGGCGACAUUGCCGAGCUAGUCGGAGACGAGCUCAUUUUCCAUGGCCGCGAGCGAGAUGACUAUAUCAUACGUGGCAAUUCCAUAAUCUCGGCGGUCGAGGUGGAGCGCGCGCUGAUGGCACUUGGGUACUUUGAAGAGGCUACUGUCGUCGCAGUACCAGUGUCUGAAUCAAUUCAGCUCUGUGGAGCUAUUGUGCGCCCCAAGCAGAGUCACAGAGCUGGAUUGAGCAUUUCCCGAGUACGAUCGGACCUCGCGACCAAGCUGGAGGAAGCGAAGCGUCCCGUGGUAAUGCGGAUCCUCGGGCAGGACGAGGAACUGCCGAUGACGGCCACUGGAAAGCCUGUCAAGAGACAGGUCAUUGAGGACUUUUUUUACGAUGGAGACUGCGGAAGAGAUUGGUUCACGCCAGAGACACCACCCCCCAGUGUCCAAUGCGAGGGAAUCAUCGCGACUGCAUAG